GCGAGAUGACAUUCAAUAAUACUUGUACAUGUAUGUUUCCGUGAUACCAUUCAUACAGCAUGAAAUUUGCAAAAUACCUUCAGCAAACCCAGACACCGGAGUGGAAAAGGGCAUACAUCGACUACCGAGGUCUCAAGAAGAAGAUUCAUAAAGAAACGAGUCGAACCAGCUCUGAUUCCAGAUUACAACUCCCUCAAGAACCUGAAAAUAUUUCUGACGAACUUGGAGAUGAUAUUCUGUCCACAUCGCGCUUUCGCCAUGAUGCUGGAAUGGGCCUUGGUGAACUUCCGGUGCGGAGGAAAUCAUUUUCCACCAGAAACACGGCAUCACAGACCUCUCUGCCUGAAGCCCAUCAGUCCGCUCAUCAAAGAUCGUCGUCAAACCAGCUGAGUCGGACAAUGAGCGGGACAAAGAAACCGAAGAGCCAAAAGAGUAAAGGACUACUGGCUCGAGGUACGCCGUAAUUAUUUGUUUGAAUUUUGGUCUUGUCUUCUGACGAACUUUCAAAGCUAAUACUACACUUCGAAGUCCACCACAUCCAUUCUCAGGGUCGAUACCUCUACAUG